AUGGAGGAAGGCAAGGCAAGAUUGAAAGUAACACAAGUUAAAUGGAAAUUUCCUCCACUCGGUUGGUGUGCUUGCAACACAGAUGGAGCUUCUAGAGGUAACCCAGGGAGGAGUGCUUAUGGUUUUUGUGUGAGAAAUGCACAAGGAAACCUAAUAUAUGCUCAAGCAGAUGAAAAUGGAGAUGCCACUAAUAUAGAAGCAGAGAUGGUGGCUCUACCGGAAGCCCUGAAGUAUUGUAAAAAUCAAGGACUUAAUAAUAUCAUCUUCCAGACAGACUCUCAAACCAGUCAAAAAAUUUUAACUGGAGACUGGAAACCUCCAUGGAACAUAGCAGGUUGGAUUGAGGAAGUGGAGGAAUACAAAAGAGAUAUGGAUGUCAUCUUCAAGCAUACCCUAAGAGAAGCAAAUAAACUAGCUGAUGCUCUAGCAAAUUAUGCGCUAGAUGAAGGACCAAUGCACUGCUACUUGUUUAAGGAUUUGACCACAAAAAUGAGAAGUAUCCUAAAUAGUGAUAAAAGUCAAAUUCCUUAUUUAAGAAUCAAGAAAUUCUGA